UUACUGCUUUUUGCCAUGCCCGAGUGAGGCACUUUGCGGCACUUUUUUGUGCUUUUUUGCGUGAGAAUCAUUGAGGAUAAAUUUUUGAACCUGAAGAGCGAACGAGCAUUCGGUAGUUGAUCCACCGUAUGAUAAGAAUAUAUUCUAAAAUGCGUUACACGUCUCGUGCACGCGUGUCGAAGAAGUGACGUUGAUCAAGAUUGAUCCUGCGAUUCAAGAGCGGCUUUUUAACCUCUCCUCGCCAAGAUGAUUAUGGGGUGCAGGAACAUAUUAUGUCUCGGCACGAAGCUUCUACCCCCGACGUGCUCGAGAAGCAUGAGCGCUCUAACCAAAGUUGAAAUAAAGGAGAGGAAGAACCAGUUGUUUAACGAAGAGAAAAAGAGACAGCAGGAUGCCGUCGGACGUCUUGAAAAAAUCGAAGUCAAGUACUCAACGGCCCUGGAAGAAGUAACGUUAGUAAUGAACAAGAACGUGUCCACGCCCCAUCAUUGCGCCCGCCACAUUUCGGAAGGAACCGCGAACGUCUCGGCUCUUGCGUCGGUCGAUGGCCAUUUGUGGGACAUGCACAGACCUUUAAUAUCCGACUGUGAGUUACAACUUUUACAUUUAAAAUCUCCCGAAAACGUGGCCGUAAAUUAUGCAUUUUGGAGAACCUGUUCUUUAAUGCUCGGAUCGAUGGCAAGCGACGCGUUCAAAGAUGACGUAGACGUUCAUUUACAUAGUUUUCCAAAACCUAACGUUAAGUCGGGCAGCUUCGUCUGCGACGUAUACUUAAGCUUACCGGAAUGGCAACCGACCGACGCAGAGUUGCGAGCCAUGUCUGCGGAAUUCGUUAAGUUGGUGCAAGCGGAGUUACCGGUGGAGAGAUUGGAAGUAACGGAAAGCCUGGCGCUAGAAAUAUUCCAAGAUAAUCCUUUCAAAGUAAAACAAAUACCGGAUAUCGCCGAACACUACAAAACGAUAACGCUCUAUAGGAUCGGGGACCACAUAGACAUCAGUAGAGGACCUAUGGUGGGAAACACGAAUUUAGUCGGAAGGGCCACCGUUACCGCGGUUCACAAGAUACAAUCGGACGAUGUGGAAUGUCUCUACAGAUUUCAAGGGGUCGCUUUACCUCAUGGAAUUAGAUUAAACCACUACGCCUACAAAAUCUUGGAAGAUCGAGCCAAGAAGCUUAAUUCCUCGAUGUGGGUGCCACAGAAAUUAGGGGAAGAGUCUAACGACCGCGUAGCGAUAGCUGUUAAAAAUUAAGAAACAUUUAUACGACAUACAAGGUGCCGACUGUAUAAACGAUCUCUCUUUACGACCCGUUCUCAAAUCUCUCUUAUUUUGUAGACGAACGUUUAGCGCCCGAUUCCAUUUUCCCUUCGACGUGUUCGAAAAAUGAAGACAUCAACGAAGCACUUUAUUCCCUUCGCACGAAUAACCUGGACAUGCACCCUCAACAUCGGUAAUAAUAAAAUAAAUAUAAGUCGUA